GCUGCUUAAUUGGAGCUUUUAAUGUGCCGUGGAGCUGGUGCGCGUUCCAAGGAGCCGCCGGGCCGGAGGAUGCUUAGGACCCAGGGGAAGCGCUGUGGAGCCCGCCUGGCUGGGCUCGGAGCCGCUCCUGCCUCCCGGCCAGGACUUCUCAGGUGUCCCGGUGCGCGGAGCUGUGCGAGGCCAGCGCGGCCCUCCCGGCAGCUGCCCCAGCCCGUGCCCAUGCUCCGGGCCCCCUGGGCACCCAUGUGCUGGCGCGGGCACCCCUUGGCACCAUGAAUGACCAGUACCACCGAGCCGCCCGGGACGGCUACCUGGACCUGCUGAAGGAAGCCACCAAGAAGGACCUGAACUCGCCCGAUGAGGAUGGCAUGACCCCGACCCUAUGGGCCGCCUACCACGGCAACCUGGACGCGCUGCGCCUCAUUGUCAGCAGAGGGGGUGAUCCAGACAAAUGUGACAUCUGGGGGAACACCCCCCUCCACCUGGCAGCAGCCAACGGCCACCUGAACUGCCUCUCCUUCCUCAUCUCCUUUGGGGCCAACAUCUGGUGCCUGGACAAUGACUACCACACCCCGCUGGACAUGGCAGCCAUGAAGGGGCACAUGGAGUGUGUGCGGUACCUGGACUCGAUUGCUGCCAAGCAGAGCAACCUCAACCCCAAGCUGGUGAGCAAACUGAAGGACAAGGCCUUUCGGGAUGCAGAGAGGAGGAUUAAGGACUGUGUGAAGCUGCAGAAGAAGCACCACGAAAGGAUGGAGAAACGGUACAGAAAGGAGAUGUCAGAUAAUUCGGAUACCAUGAGCUUUUCCAGCUAUUCCAGCAGCACCUUAAGCAAGAAGUUCCAGCACAUGUCUAUGGUGACUUCCCUGCCAUAUUCACAAGCCACCAUCCACGGCACAGCCAAGGGAAAGACGAAAAUACAAAAGAAACUGGAGAAGAAGAAGCAGGUGGACGGGACCUUCAAGAUCUACGAGGAUGGCAGGAAAAGCGUGCGGUCUCUGUCUGGCCUGCAGCUGGGCAACGAUGUCAUGUUUGUGAAGCAGGGCACGUACGCCAGCCCGAAGGAGUGGACGCGCCGCAACAUCCGCGACAUGUUCCUCACGGACGAAGACACCGUCUCCCGUGCCAUAAGCGACCCAGGUUUGCACAUGGACUCGGCCCACUCCGAGGUCAGCACCGACUCCGGACACGACUCCUUGUUCAACCGCCCCGGGCUGGGCACCAUGGUGUUCCGGCGCAACUACGUCAGCAGCGGGCUCUUCGGCAUCGGCCGCGAGGACGGCGCCGCGCCGGGCGAGGACGGCGCUGACGGGAUGGGCGUCAGACUGCGGAGCCGCCUGCAGCGCUCGCCAAGUCUCAACGACAGCAUUGGCAGUGCCAACAGCCUGCAGGAGAGGAACGCCGAGGAGCUGCCCUGGGAUGAGGUGGAGCUGGGCUUAGACGAUGACGACGAACCGGACACCAGCCCCUUGGAAACUUUUCUGGCUUCCCUGCACAUGUUUGAAUUCAUCUCCAUCCUGAAGAAGGAAAAGAUUGACUUGGAGGCCCUCAUGCUGUGCUCAGACCAUGACCUGAAGAGCAUCAAUAUCCCUUUGGGCCCCAGGAAGAAGAUCGUGGAUGCCAUCCAGAGGAGACGACAAACGCUGGAGAAGCCAGAUGUCAUUGUAGACACUGAACUAUAGCAGCAGCAUCUUUUUUUUUUUUUUUUUUUUUUU